AUGGGCCUCAGCCAGCAUGGCUUCCUCAUCGUGUGCUACACCCUGUCGGUCUUCGUGCUCACCGCCUUCUUCGUCUACGCCCUGGUGUACUCGUACAUCGUCAGACGCAAGAAUGUGUCCGUGGAGAACUUCAUCACAGCCCGCGGACAGCUGUCCACGGCGCGCAUCGCCUUUGGCUUCUACGCCGCCGCGGUGGGGGCCUGGGUGGUGGUGGGCCCGCCCUCCUACUCCCCCUAUGCCGGCGUGAUUGGCUGCGUGAUGUACGCCGUCGCCACCGGCCUGCCCAUCAUCGUCAUCGCCUUUGCGGGCAGCUUGAUCCAGAACAAGGUGCCCCACGUCCUCUCCCUCACCGACUACGUGGGCUGGCGCUUUGGCUACAUCGCCCAGAGCUACAUUGUCUGCUUCGUCUGCUUCAACAUGUCCAUCUCCAUGCUGGCCGAGUACACCACCAUCGGCUCCCUGUUUGGCAGCUACGUGGGGUCGGAGACCUACCCCAUCAUCAUCGUGGUGGGGGUGCUGACCAUGAUCUACACCGACUACGGCGGCCUCCUGGUCUCCCUCAUCACCGAUCAGGUCCAGGGCGGGCUGAGCAUCAUCCUGGUCCUCGUCGUCGCCAUCUACGUGGCGGUGACCUUCCGCUACCCGCUGCCCACCCCCAUGCCCUGCGACCCCGACGACGCCAUGGGCUUCUGCAUCUCCGGCACCAACGCUACGGGCUGGGGCUCCAUCUUCUCCAUGCCCGCCUCCCUCAUGGUCUCCACCGUCUUCUCCGAGGCCAUGUGGCAGCGUGUCUGGGCCUCACACUCCAAGAGGUCGCUUCGCAAGGCCGCCUUCAUCGCCUGCGCGGGCGUCAUCCUGGUCGUCUUCUUCACCGGCUUCCUUGGUCUGCUGGCGGCGUGGUCGGGGCGCAUCACGGCCGACACCAACCCCAACCUGUACCUGUUCGAGGCGCUGCGCGGGGCCAUGAACGAAGCCGGGCUGGUGUCCAACGCCAUGGGCGUGGUGGUGCUCCUGCUCACCAUCACCAUGAACGAGUCGGCGGUGGACUCCAUGCAGAACGGGCUGACGGCGGCCAUCUCCUCCCACUUCCUGCGCGGCCUGCCCCUGUACUGGACGCGCCUGGCCGUGCUCGUCAUCAACAUCCCCAUCAUGGUGGUGGCCACCAAGGGCUACACCGUGCUCCAGCUCUUCCUGCUCACCAACAUGCUCUGCGCCACCACCGCGGGGCCCGUGCUGCUCGGCCUGGUGGAGCGCCUGCACCCCGUGUAUGGCGGCGCCUCCCUCCUCUUCACCUCAAUCUUCACCAUCUUCCUCACCUCCGUCUACGGCAUCAACUUUGCGUGGGUGGACGGUGCGUCGCGCUCCCACAACAUCGCCGAGGGCAUGCACUACACCUGGAUCGGGAACAACUACGACUACCGCUUCUUCCUGGUCGCCAUCGGCGUGUCCAUCGGCAUGGUGGGCGUCACAUCCGCCUUCAACUACCUCUCCCAGACCUACCUGAUCAAGAAGAAGCCGGAGGUGCUGGGCUUCACCGCGCCGGCCACCCACCCCCACAUCCCGCGCUACCAUGAUCGCCUCAUGCAUGCGCCGGUGCAGGCCUCCAGCGGCAGCGAAGGCGGCGUCGACGACAAGAUCGUGGCGGGCGAUGGGCUCAAGGGCGGCACGCCGCACGACGCGCUCACCCGCCUGUCCGCGCAGCUGCCGGAGGCGCUGCUGCACACCGCCGACGAGACCCCAGGCCACCGCCCCGCCUGA